UCUUAACCUGAGGGUUCUUCAUUCCCACCGCGACCCCCGUCUCGCCUCGAGCCUCAGUUUCCUCUUGUGGGCGCUGAGACCUGAGCGCACUCGGGUGGCUGGCGGGCGGGAGUGCGGUUCUUCUGUAGAUGAAAGUUUCCUUGCUCGGUCCUCUCGGUGUUAUUUGAAGUAAGCGUAAUUGCAGCCGAACGUCGCUCUGUAGCCGCCGAUGAGCCUGCCCCUCCGGGCCCGGUGCACGUGGUGGUCCGGUUAGACGGGGAGCGGCGGUGCCGGCGCUCGGAAGCCGCUCGGCCCGGCUGGGGGUCGCAGCCCUUCCUGCUCGUGCGCCCUUGCUGGGCUCCAGCGCUCGCAGCACCGUCCGCGGGUUUCUGGGACUCGAGGCUGCCUUUGUCUAGCCGCACUGCAUAUGGGAGGGACGGGGUUGGGACUUUGUGUCCAGAGCCCCACGUUCCUACAAAUUAAUGUGCGGGACGCAAGGAGUUGAUGUCUCUUUAGUCCCUGCUCCUCCACUGCCGCACCCACAGUCUGAGUGUGGGGCCGCUUCUGCUUCCUGUGCCUCAGUUUCCACAGCGCAGCCUGGAACUGCGCAGCGAACCUCAGGGACUUGCAGAAAUGCGCCUGCGGGAAUGAGCCGUGAAGACGGAACUCGCUUAGCUGACAGCCCUCCCUGUAGCACGCCGGCUCUCGGUUUGACUGUGAGAAGUGAUGGGUGUCUCAGCUGCUUCUAGGUGAUGGGCAGAUCAGAAAGUCAGAUGGACAUAACUGACAUUAACACCCCAAAGCCGAAGAAGCAGCAGCGAUGGACCCCGCUGGAGGUCAGCCUCUCCGUCCUCGUGGUGCUCCUCACCGUCAUCGCCGUGACGACCAUCGCGCUCUACGCCACCUAUGACGAUGGCAUCUGCAAAUCAUCAGACUGCAUAAAAUCAGCUGCUCGACUGAUCCAAAACAUGGAUGCCACUGCCGAGCCCUGCGCAAACUUUUUUAAGUAUGCCUGCGGAGGCUGGUUGAAACGCAACAUCAUCCCUGAGACAAGCUCGCGCUACGGUAACUUUGACAUUUUACGAGAUGAACUGGAAGUCGUUCUGAAAGAUGUCCUUCAGGAAACUAAAACUGAAGAUAUAGCAGCAGUGCAGAAAGCGAAAACUCUGUACAGAUCGUGUGUGAACGAAUCUGUGAUCGACAGCAGAGGCGGGGAGCCUCUCCUCAGACUGUUGCCGGACAUCUACGACUGGCCGGUGGCGACAGAAAACUGGGAGCAAGUAUACGGUACUUCUUGGACGGCUGAGAAGUCUAUUGCACAACUGAAUUCUAAAUAUGGGAAAAAAGUCAUUAUUAAUUUUUUUGUUGGCACUGAUGAUAAGAAUUCUAUGAACCAUAUAAUUCACAUCGACCAACCUCGACUUGGCCUCCCCUCCAGAGAUUACUACGAAUGCACUGGAAUAUAUAAAGAGGCUUGUACAGCAUAUGUGGAUUUUAUGAUUUCUGUGGCCAAAUUGAUUCGUCAGGAAAAAGGACUGCCCAUCGAUGAAAACCAGCUUUCUUCAGAAAUGAAUAAAGUCAUGGAAUUGGAAAAAGAAAUUGCCAACGCUACAGCUAAACCUGAAGAUCGAAAUGAUCCAAUACUUCUUUACAACAAAAUGACGUUAGCCCAGAUCCAAAGUAACUUUUCACUAGAGAUCAACGGGAAGCCAUUCAGCUGGGCAAAUUUCACAAAUGAAAUCAUGUCAACUGUGAAUAUUAAUAUUCCAAAUGAGGAAGAUGUGGUUGUUUAUGCUCCAGAAUAUUUAACCAAACUUAAGCUCAUUCUUACCAAAUACUCUGCCAGAGAUCUUCAAAAUUUAAUGUCCUGGCGGUUCAUAAUGGAUCUUGUAAGCAGCCUCAGCCGAACCUACAAGGAGUCCAGAAAUGCUUUCCGCAAGGCCCUUUAUGGAACAACGUCAGAAACAGCCACCUGGAGACGCUGCGCAAACUACGUCAACGGGAACAUGGAAAAUGCUGUGGGCAGGCUGUACGUGGAGGCGGCCUUUGCUGGGGAGAGUAAACACGUGGUUGAGAAUUUGAUUGCACAGAUCCGGGAAGUUUUUAUCCAGACUCUAGAUGACCUCACUUGGAUGGAUGCUGAAACGAAGAAGAAAGCAGAAGAAAAGGCCUUAGCAAUUAAAGAAAGGAUUGGCUAUCCUGACGAAAUCAUUUCCAAUGACAGCAAACUGGAUAAUGAGUACCUCGAGUUGAACUACAAGGAAGAUGAGUACUUUGAGAACAUCAUUCAAAACUUGAAGUUCAGCCAAAAUAAACAACUGAAGAAGCUUCGAGAAAAGGUGGACAAGGAUGAGUGGAUAAGCGGUGCAGCUGUAGUCAAUGCAUUUUAUUCUUCAGGCAGAAAUCAGAUAGUCUUCCCAGCUGGCAUUCUGCAGCCCCCUUUCUUCAGCGCCCAGCAGUCCAACUCGCUGAACUACGGGGGCAUCGGCAUGGUCAUAGGACACGAAAUCACCCACGGCUUCGAUGACAAUGGCAGAAACUUUAACAAAGAUGGAGACCUGGUUGACUGGUGGACUCAACAGUCUGCAAAUAAUUUUAAAGAGCAAUCCCAGUGCAUGGUGUACCAGUAUGGAAACUUCUCCUGGGACCUAGCAGGUGGACAGCAUCUCAAUGGAAUUAAUACGCUGGGAGAAAACAUUGCAGAUAAUGGAGGUAUUGGCCAAGCAUACAGAGCCUAUCAAAAUUAUGUUAAAAAGAAUGGUGAAGAAAAAUUACUUCCUGGAAUUGACCUAAAUCACAAACAACUGUUCUUCUUGAACUUCGCACAGGUGUGGUGUGGGACCUACAGGCCAGAGUAUGCGAUCAACUCCAUUAAAACAGACGUCCACAGUCCAGGCAGUUUCAGGAUUAUUGGGACUUUGCAGAACUCCCCUGAGUUUUCAGAAGCCUUCCAUUGCCCCAAGAAUUCUUACAUGAACCCAGAAAAGAAAUGCCGGGUGUGGUGACCUGCAGAAGCUGUGCAGCCUUGGGUGACUUACCGACACACAGGAGUGGGGAACUCGACUCGAGAGAAAUGGGCCUAGAGGUCACUGUGCUUACAGGGGGUGGUCAGCAGAGAGGCGAGCAUCUGUAACCUCGAAGUCGGUUAUUCUGGAAAGAUGUGAGGGAGGAGCGCGUCUAAUGUCCGUCAAAUCAGUCGCUUCUCACGUGUAAAUAAGGCUCAAUCUCCAGACACAAUACGACCGUUCAUUUCUGUUUCUCCUAUAAUCUGCCAGUUUGAGGUUGUCUCUUGAAAACGGUGUUGACCACGUGCUGUAGACCAGAUUUCUGUUCAAAAGGAGAAAGAGGAGGCUGAAGAUUCGGUUGACACCAAAAGCACAGCAGUGACCUGAGAGUUAAAAACACGCGGCCUAAGUCCUGAUUUUUACUUUUAUUUGCAACAGUUACACUCCUUCAAAACUCUUCCAAAGAAUUCUUAUACCUGUUGGGGCCUUGGGACUUAACACGCUUUUAAACUGAUUUGGCCAGGUGUCAGUUAGUCACUCUGCAAUCGUUUUAUCUGAAGCAAUCUUAGGGCUGAAAUGAGUAUCCAGCGCUGUUCCCUGUUGCACCUGGUGUGACUGAGGCUAAGGUUCGGAGGCUGCCUGCAUUUUUCUAAGCAAUUUCUUGUUCUUUCUCAACACUCGGUCUUUUUAAGAGAUUUGUAGUAAUGUAUAAAUAAUAAUUUUUGUAUUUAAUUAUUAACUACAUUUAUGACUAAUUGUUAUUAUAGGUAAUCAUUGAAUAUUGAAGUUUCAGACCAAGAUAAAUAGUUAUGAACCAGGGUCUGUAAAGUGAUGUACAGAUGAAGAUUUAAGACUUUUUAAACUUAUAAAUCAUAUUGAUAAAAAGCUUUAAGCGCGAACUUUGCAUUAAAAAUUGCCAUUGGACAGAUGCUCAAGAUUGUGGUUUAAGCAGGAUUUUCAGCAUUGAUUCUGUGCCCGAGGAGCUGUGACAAAAGGGAAGUCUGCGUCUCCUUAUCUCUCCAGAUGUGUCAUCUGAUGGAAAUAUUUUGAUAAUAAAUUGAAAUUGUGAGCCCAUUA